AUGAGUGGAUUAUAUCUGCCUUCAAAGAAUAACCCGGAUAACAUAAAUUCAGUGUAUGGUACUGGUUUUUUGCCAACACCGUCAUCACAAAGUUCUGUUGCAUCCACUGCUACUUUUGGACAGACCAAUAGUCAAACUACAGAUAGACUCUAUUUAAAUACGUCUGCAACUCCGCAGUCAAUGCUGAACAACCAAUUACCUUCUAUCCCGUCAAAGAAGUUGACAACAUCGGGCGAAAGAAAGGAACCAACUCAAAUUUCCCAAAUCGAUUCCCUGAUUCCCAAUAUCCCUCAACUGAUACCACAUGGAUUGUACACAGCACCUCCCCAAAACGAAGACAUGGGUUAUCAAUUAUAUCUGAAUUAUAUGGGAGAUUAUCCAUCUGGAGAAAUACCUCAACAGUAUCUGGCCCCUCCUCAAUCAAACGCGUCUCCAAUUUCAAAUACUGCCAAUCAUGGUAGAUAUCCAUCCAGCAUUCCUCCAACAUAUCCCAACUAUUCUCUUUCGCCGAGUCUAGGUAGAGCCGCUCCAGAACAUGGGGCAUCUUCACCUUCUACAGCUCAGCAUCAACAUCCGUUAGGACAAAGUGAAUACGAGAACAACGUUGAUCACGGAUUCGGUACAUCUCCUUCUUCAAAUGUAUAUAUGAUUCCAGGAAACACAUCGAAUCCAACUACCACAACUAGAAAUUCAAUUCAAAAUUUAGGACUAUACGUAAUGGCUGGCCCAAAUACAGUUAAUCCAGUACCAGUUACACAUCCCUCUACUACGUCAAUGUUUCCAUCAAAUAACACACAACAUCCACUACUGAAUUCAAGCAUGUAUAUUUCUUCAGUUGGAUCCAAAGGAUCUUCAUUGGCCAUACCUAAUAAAAAAGAACCAUCUGCCAGUGGAGGAAGUUUGCAAAACCCGCCAAGUCAGCUUGCUGAUCAUCAAAAUGGAAUGGGCCCUAAUUCCAAGUCGAUAAAGAAAGGUAAAGUAAGGAAAGGCAGUAUGUCUGCUACAUCGUCUACGAGAUAUAGUGGCUCCAACACUAACGGACAAGCAAAACCACCAGCUAAGAGAUCAAGAAUGGGAUGCCUAACUUGCCGACAAAGGAAGAAACGUUGCUGUGAAACCCGUCCUAGAUGCACUGAGUGUGCUAGAUUAAAAUUGAAUUGUGUAUGGCCAAUUCCUGGGUCUGAACAUAAAAACAAGCCUAAGGAAGUCAAGAAUAACGAACAGACAAUUGAUCAUGAAAUAUAUGGGAAGAUCAAAGUCUUAAGAGGUAUAGUGGAAUAUAGGAGUAAGUAA